UUACAACUUACAUUUAAAAUUUGAUCAACUUCUUUAAAGAAAUCAUCAAUAUCCUUGUUAUUAUUUGUUAAGUAAUCUUCAUUCAUAUCCUUUUUCCUUGUAAUGUAUAAAAUAAAACAUGUAUGAAUUUUUUAAAGUACAAAGAAUAUAUAGAAGAAGGUGAUUUGAUAAUAGUAUGGCAAGGAAGAACCUCACAGUUUUGUUUUAAUGUUUUUAAUGGAGAAAUGCACCAAACAAAAUAUGGAGCCAUUAAGCAUGCAGAUUUGAUUGGAAAAAAAUAUGGAUCUAAAUUUCCUUGUGGUAUACACAAAAUUACAAAAGAGCCAACUGGGUGGAUUUAUAUAUUGCAUCCAAAUUUAGAAGCUUGGACUAAAUUACUACCUCAUAGAACACAAAUUCUUUAUCCAACCGAUAUUUCAAUUAUAAUGUUUGAACUAGAUAUAACACCUGGCAAAAUUGUGUGUGAGAGUGGAACUGGUAGUGGAUCACUUUCUCAUUACAUUUUAAAUGGAAUUAUACCAGGAGGUCAUCUUUUUACUUAUGAUAUAGAUAAAAAUCGUUGUGACAUAGCCAGAAAAGAAUUUAGUAGUCAUGGUUAUAAAGAUGGAAUUGAUUUCACUGUAAUUACUAAAAAUGUAUGUCUAGAUGGUUUUGAUAUUCCAGAAAAUGAAAAGAAUAAGAUGGAAUAUUUAGAAAAUAUUGGUAUAGAUAGUAAAGUAUUACAUUUACCUAAAGCAAAUAUUAUAAUAUUGGAUCUUCCUACACCAUGGUUAGCUAUUCCCAAUAUAACAAAAAUUUUCAGAUAUGGAGGAAGAAUAGUAUCCUUUUCUCCUUGUAUAGAACAAGUUCAAAGAAGUGUUGAAGCCUUAAAAUCAAAUAAUUUUUGUCAUAUCAAAACAGUGGAAUGUAUGGCAAUUCCAUAUAACUUCAAAGAAAUAAUCUUACCAGAUUUAAAAACAAAUAAAAUGACAGAUGGGGAUAAUCAAGCUUUACACGAGAAAAAUGAUACUUCUGAUUUAAACUAUUCUGUUUUAUCCAGACUACCAAAAUUUACAAGUCAUACUGGAUAUUUAACCUUUGCAACACUAUUUCCUAAAUGAACCUUUUCUUUAAA